CACACAUACACACAAAUUCAUUUAUUCUUCCUUGGGGCCAGAUUCUGAUACUUCUGCUGAAUAACACCGAAAGUCAUCGAUCUAAAGUCCUCAUCGAGCAAGUUGUUUUCUUGUUUGAUGGUAUGAGAUUAUUCCUGAAUCUGACCAUCUUUUCUUUAAAUUGUAUUGAUGUAGGAUCAAGCCUUACCAUCGAUGCUGAAAGAAAUUCCACUGAUUUAAACACUUAGCUGUUAAUAAAGACUAGCAUUUUUCAAUGGUGCCGAAUUCAGUUGUCGUGGGGGGCUGGAGGUACUCGCCGUCCCCGCAGUCACGUCUAGAAGUUAUUAUCCAUAUUGAGGUACAGAUCAGGGCACCUCUGUUGUUGGCAGCAUACAGAUACAAAAAGUUUCGACGGUGAUAUCACCUCAACAGCAAUGGGAAAAGAGAAGUGGCCCAAACCUGAGAUUUUCAGCACACUCCAUGGUAUGUGGUGGUUGUACAUUUUCCAUAUAUAGAAGGAAAGUGUGCACAAUGCUCUAGGUGUCCUAAAAGUAGAUUUAUCUUCAGCCUUUACUCUCCACCAAAUACUCAUCCGAAAAGCCUGCUGUCUUCCCUAUAAAACUUAAUUUCCCUGUGGAAAGGUUCUAACUGAGUGGAGUUUAGAGCAGUUUCAGGGUUGUUUCCCAUCUCUGUAAAUCUGACCAUAGGGGUCUCUUGAAAGAAAAUUGUUAAGAAUUUCCAACUGGACUAUGUAAUCACAGCGCCUGGUAUCAAGAGGAGGGGGAGUGACAUGAAAUCACUGACUUGUGACAUACAUUCCUCAGCAACAGCAGCUGCUGCCUAAUGACAGCUAAUAAAGGGAAUCUUCCCUUGACGGAGCUGCGUGCCUGCAGUGAGACUGGAAUGUGCCCCAGAUAAAUCCACUGAUAACCUAGGAAGCAGAGAUCACACCCAAAGAGUAUAAAAGACAAACUUUGGAAGAGAGAGGAUAGGACAAGGAAGAGAGAGACCUGAAGAGACAUCUCAGGAGAAACAGCUUGAACUUCCCUACUCCCAAAGAACCCAGCGCCAUGGACACUAAAGGCUCAUUUUCCUGUGGAUUCAUCUUGCUGCUGCUCAUCCAACUCCAGUCCAGCAGAGCCAACCCCAUCUACAACCUCAGCCCUGUCAAAGAACUGGCCAGCCUGGAGGCUCUGCUAGAGAGACUGGAGGAUAAGUUUGCAAUGAUUGAAGCUCUGGAGUCCAAUACUGACCUGCAAGAACCCAAAACCCAGGAGGAGAUCCCACCAGAACUCACAGAUGACAGUGAUGACCGGAAGGCUGAACCCAGGCUGGCACCCAGCACCCCUCUGUCCUACAGGGACCCCUUCCUCAAGAGACUGAGGGGGCUGCAGAUGCCCAGGAUGAUGAGAGAUUCUGGUUGCUUCGGGAGGAGAAUUGAUAGAAUCGGCUCCCUGAGUGGAAUGGGUUGCAAUGGUUCCAGGAAGAAUUAGGACAACAUCCCUACACCCGACUCUGAAGAAUGCUUUACAGUACCUGUUCCUCCCAAGAUGAAAGCCAGAUGCUUUCCAAGCUCUUCAACAGAAAGUUAUUCCUAUUUUUAUUUAUUUAUUUAUUUAUUUAUUUGAUGUUUUUUAAAGAACAUUUCUUACUCUAGCACCAAGAAACCAUCUUUAAAUAAAACCAACAUGUUAGACAUCUAUGCUGGACCUCUCUCCUGUCUGUUGCAUUAAAAUUUCUUGUAUUUUCCU